CGUUCAGAUGUGACUUUUGAUAUUUUUAUGGACGUGAUUGCUUUACAAGUUUGGAUAACUUUACGAAGGACCUGACAGUUUUCACCUGCAAAUUUAGAUAUUAAGAUCACAGCUGAAAGAAACAUAGCAUUAAAUUACUCACUGAAAAUACUAACUGAACUGAACGCAAACAUAUUCAUAGGAAAGAAAAAAACAAUAUCCUUGUGAUAUAUAUGACAAAUUAUUCUACCAUAAUGAAUAAUUUAACUAAAUCUAAAAACCCUGAUACCAGAGAGAAAUCAUAUUUCUGUGAUGUCUGUGGAAAAUCAUUCUCUCGAAGAAGUAAUUUGACCGUUCACAGACGUAUUCAUACAGGAGAGAAGCCAUAUCAGUGCAAUACGUGUGGUAAAUCAUUCUCUUGUAAUAGUCAUUUGACUAUUCAUAGACGUAUUCAUACUGGUGAAAAACCAUAUCCCUGCGAUUUAUGUGAUAAAUCAUUUUCUCAAAUUAAUGUUUUAACUAGACACAAAUGUAUUCAUACAGGUGAGAAGCCAUAUCAAUGUAUUAUCUGCAACACGAGCGUAUUCAUACUGGGAAAAAACCAUAUCAGUGUGAUAUCUGUGGUAAAUCAUUCUCACGAAGAUUCCACUUAA